AUGGCUCUCGAUCCUCUGACCUCGACUCAGUGCAUGGACAUCUUUGAAGGUGUGCUCACAUGCGUAACAAAAGCAGAGGUGCGCACUCAAUCUGCCGCAUAGUGAUGAGCAGAAUUUCCGCGGAUUGAGCCUGAAGCUUGCCUCGUAUGACCAACCCAGAUCAAAAAUCAUGUCAUUCGGUGCUCAUCCAGCAAAGACUCAUCCAGCAAAGUUUGGUGGAUGCAUCAAGACGAUACAUCAGCCGACGCCAAGAGGCGCCGCAACUCCGGAGAGCAGCAGUGA